GCCAACCGUUACCAGCUGAAAUGACACUUGCCCAGCUUCUUACUUUGCUCUAUGACCGUAAACUCCCUCAAGGAUAUCGAUCAGUAGAUUUGACAGUUAAGCUUGGUUCCAAAGUCAUCUCAGAUCCAAGCUUAUCAAAAACAGAUUCAUUUAAACGUCUUCACACAGAAAAAGAACAUGCGGAUUUACUAGGGCCUUGCCCUGAAGAUGAAGCCAUCAGUCCUGGGGAUGAGUGUAUGGAUGCAGUGCUAGAUGAAUCCCUUCUCGAAACCUGUCCCAUUCAGUCUCCACUGCAAGUUUUUGCUGGAAUGGGUGGAUUGGCGCUCAUUGCAGAGAGACUCCCUAUGCUUUAUCCUGACGUAAUUCAGCAAGUGAGCACUCCAGUGGUUACGUCGACCACGCAGGAAAAGCAGAAGGACAGCGAUCAGUUUGAAUGGGUCACCAUUGAACAGUCAGGGGAGUUGGUGUAUGAAGCACCAGAAACAAUUGCUGCAGAACCUCCACCGAUCAAGUCGACAGUUCAGACUAUGUCUCCUAUACCUGCGCAUUCUUUGGCUGCCUUUGGUUUAUUUCUUCGUCUGCCGGGCUAUGCUGAGGUGCUGCUAAAAGAACGGAAACAUGCUCAGUGUCUGUUGAGAUUGGUGUUGGGAGUUACAGAUGAUGGUGAAGGAAGUCAUAUCCUGCAGUCUCCUUCAGCAAACGUGCUUCCCACUCUGCCUUUCCAUGUGUUGCGUAGUUUGUUCAGCACUACGCCCUUGACUACUGAUGACGGAGUGCUGCUUAGGCGGAUGGCCCUGGAGAUUGGGGCUAUACAUCUUAUCCUUGCUUGUCUGUCUGCUCUAAGCCACCAUGCACCAAGAGUGCCCAACUCCAGUCCCAACCAAGCAGAGCCACAAGUGUCAAGUACACACAACAGUGCAUCAACAGAAGAACAGCAGUUGUACUGGGCUAAGGGUACAGGCUUUGGAACAGGCUCCACAGCUUCAGGAUGGGAUGUUGAACAAGCUUUGACUAAGCAAAGGCUAGAAGAAGAGCAUGUGACCUGCCUUCUACAGGUUCUUGCCAGUUACAUAAAUCCUGCAGGGAGUACCUCAAAUGGAGAGACCCAAACUAGCCAUGAGGGGAGAGGACAAAACAGCAGUGCUCUUCCAUCUGUUCUCCUAGAACUACUCAGUCAGUCUUGCCUCAUCCCAGCAAUGUCGUCAUACCUCCGCAAUGAUUCAGAAAAACUUAUCUGUCUGUAUAAGUCACCUUUAACUGGCAAAGAACAGUCAGACACUGAUAGAAGAGAUGAGAUAUGUGGCUGGUGGAGGAAGGUUCAGACUAGUUUGGCUUUCCAGGGACCAUUUGUUUUCCCAAAGUACAAAGAAAAGGCCAAGUUUCAGAGGGAAAUGUUUAUUGUAGGUUUUCAGGACGUAGGUGAUGAUGUGAUUUGA